AUUUCUAAACAGGCUUUAGGCUAUUUUUUUUUGCAUCCUGUUUGCCUGAAAUUGGAGAAGAGCUUACACUUGGUGGCAGUAGGAGAAGAGGUGGCAGUUGUAUUUCACAGAGGGCAGCAGAGAAUAGGGAAACUCUAUUUCAUAGAUUAAAAAGACACAGGAGGAGCUGAUGAUCUAUUCUGCUAAAAGGCAGCAGCAGGCGGGGGGAGCUGACAGUUUAAGGGGAGGGGAGCUCAUAUUUAGGAAAUAGCUGCUGUUUUGUUUCACAUAGAUGAGAAAUUAGGGCUGAUGUUAUAUUGGAAACGUACAAAGUGUCAGAGUACCACUGCUUAGUAGAAUAUGCCCAGGCCAGGGCAAGGCCAGACUGCCUCUAGGGAAGGACUUUGGGUAAGGGCCACAACCCUUGGCCCUGGGUGUAGUCUGUCUGGCAAAGAAAGGCCAUGGGGGUCCCUGGAAAUGGGUUGUUGAGAUCAAUCAAUGGGGAGCGUGUUUUGUAGGAACAGCACAAUGGAAGGACAUGAGAGAUCAGUGAAGCAGGAAGAUUCCGCACAAGUAUCUGGUGAUAUAGACAACACACCAGGUCAGAACAUUGCAGGAACCACCACUACUGGAAACCCCCCAGAUAACCACACUGCUCAGGGGUCCAAGAGUAUAAUUAACCAAGAGCAGAGACCUGGGGAUUCUGGACACAUGGAUACAGAUGAGUCUCAAGAGGAAUUAAAUAAACAGGCAGCGAGAUUACGUUUAAAUGGAGACAAAACUGAUGGAUUAUCAAGUCAAAAUCUCCAACCGGAGGAUGCUGAGAAUGUAGAAGAUGUUUGUUCAAGUCUCACCCCUCAAGCCCCUCAGGACAGAGCUGUAACUAUCAGUAGAUCAGACACCCCACACCAGGGAACCACUGGAAACCAUAUUACUACUGACAAAUACUCAAUGGGCGAGGCAUCAAAUGGCCAGAACACAAUAGAAAAUGUGGCAGUAUUCUACUGGGAUGCACUCACUGCAUAUAAUUUCCAGUUUUUGGAAGACUGGCUGAGGAAGCUCCUUCCUAUGGAAAGCAUGUGGUGUAUUCCCCUUUGUGUUGCCUCUGAGGAUGAAUGGAAAUGUGCAGCAAAGAAAGCCUCUUAUAUUGUAUUCUAUCACUCUAUACAAUCAGGAAAAUCCCUAGAUGAGGCAACACCGUAUCUGGAUUUCUGUAUGGGAACUCAUGGUCCCUUCAAAAUUAUUGUGAUGAUAACUGGCCUGGAAGACAGUGAUUCAGUAGCUGUGAGAAAUAAAUUGGAUCUGAGCCCGUAUAAUUUAUGUCAUCUGCUGUUAGUGACAAAGGAUGAAAUGACCAAGUUCUACAGCACAAACAAGGGACUGAGAACUGGUGAAAGAGAAAAAAUGCUAGAAGCAGAAUUGCUUACGAGACCCCACAGAAUUGGAAUCUUCUCCAGAUCAGCAGAGAGUGAUUACCAGUGGCUUCUGUCACUUCUACAAUCAGAAUUCAGGGAUGUGGUUCAUGAAGUUCGACCCUGUAACAUCUCUAACAUUGGAGCCGAAGUGUCUCAGUGCACAGUCGCUAUCCUGUAUCACUCCAUGAAUAGAGGGGAGGUUAACAAUGAAGAGCUAAAAUAUAUGUCUGAUAUACUGGGCAAGGAGAAUGUGAUUGUGGUUGUUGAAGGCAUGAAGGGCAGAUUCCCUGUAGAACAAAGUAUUGGAGAUUAUGCCUGUGACCUGGUGAUCAUCACAGAGGCAGAGAAGAAGGACAAAGCCCGGCUGAUGGGGAGGCUGGAGAGCAUCAGACAAAGUUUAAAGAAGCCUCCAAAACGCAAAAUAAGGAGGGAAGAGCAAAAAGAGGAGAGAAAGGAAAAGUGUCCAGAUGCUGAACUACAGCAAGAUAUUAUAAUAGCUGAUGAUCCUGGGGAAAUGGAACUUGGAAAUGAAAAAUAUGGACAAAAAAUGUUCAUCAGGAAACACCAUAAAAUUGGGAUUUUCUCCAGAUCAGCAGAAAGUGAUUAUAAUUGGUUACAAACGUCCCUCAGAACAGAGUUCAGGGAUUUGUUGGUGGAUGUCAGAGCCUAUUACAUCUCUAAUAAUGGAUGGCGGCAGUUCUGGGAAGAUGUGUCUCAGUGCUCAGUCGGGAUCCUGUAUCACACUCUAAAGAGAGGGAGUCUGAAUAUCACCAAUGUCAUGGACUCUCUGUAUGAGGAGGAGCUGAGAUAUAUGGCUGAAGUUCUAGGGAAGGAGAAUGUGUUUGUGGUGGCUGAUGACCUGCAGGACAGUAGUUCUAUAGAGAAGCACAGAAUCCUGGCACAGCAGCCCAGUAUUGGAGAAUACUCCUGUGACCUGGUGCUACUCACUCCAGCAGAUAAGGAAAACAAAGCCCAGAAGAUGGAGAAGCUGGAGACCAUUAGAUCUGCUUUACAUUUGAAAGAGAAUGAAGAUAAUUUGUUACACAUAACUCGUCUGAAAACCAAAGCAUCUAUUCAAAAUGUUAUUGAACAUUUUCCUAAAGUUUCAUUUAAUGCUCCUAAAACUCAAAAAACAUCUUUCAAGCAGGCAAAAGACACUGGCAGUGGAAAAAUUGAGACACAUCAGAAUUAUAGAGCAAUGGUUCCCUAUACGGCUGAUGAUACAACACAUCUCCCAACUGGCACACAAGAACAACCCAGAAGAUCUGGAAGUGGUUCUGGGACACAACAUCAGAGACGAGCUAAUGAACAACAACCAAAUUCUCAAAGACCAGGCACGUCUGAAAGAAAAUCUUCCUGGGGAGGGAGAAUCAGUAGUUGGACUGACUCAUUCAUGCAACAAGUAGAAGGACCAAGUACAAAGGAGAAGCACAAGGUCGGGAUAUUCUCCAGAUCAGCAGAAGAUGAUUACCGGUGGCUGCACAGGUUCAUUAUAUCAGAGUUCAGUGAUUAUGUUCAGAGGGUGAGACCCUGUUACAUCUCUAACACUGGGCGCAGACAGUUCUGGGAGGACAUGUCUCAGUGCUCAGUCGCUAUCCUGUAUCACACCAAGAAAAGAGGGAGAAUUAACAUCACUGAUGUGCCGGGGUCUCUGUAUGAUGAGGAGCUGCAAUAUUUAGCUGAGCAACUGGGGAAAGACAAAGUCAUGGUGGUGGUGGAUGACCUGGAAGACAGUGGCCCUGAGGAGAAGGAAAGGAUUCUGAUGAGUCAAAGAAGCAUUGGGAAAUGGGCCAGUGAUCUCAUUCUCAUCAGCUCAACUGAGAAGAAUUAUAAUCACUCCACAAACUCAAUGUAUAAACAGUGGUUGUUGCAGAAGUUUAAUAGAAUUGCAAAGGUUUAAUUUGUUGAAGGUACAUACCAUUCACCAGAUUCAGGAGGGUUUCAGACAUAGGAAGCCUGCAAAUCUACGUGGACUUGGUCAGUUCUCAGUAAAAGAAAGAAAUGCUUGUGCCGACCUAUAUCGCAUUUCAAGCUAUAAUCCUCUCCAUGCCCUCUACUUAAUGUCUCCUCAAGAGUUUCCAUAGUUGUUUGCCAUCAUCUUGUUCUCUGUCAGGUAUCUCAGAACUAUCUCAGAUCUUUAGCAUGAGCCCUAGUUGUUUAUGUUUUUCCAUUGUUUACAGCAGAAUAACAGCAAUCUAGUUGAAAAUUAA